AUGAGGGCGUUGACGGUUGUGCUGCUCGCUUUCCUUAUGAAUGUUAUAGCGGAAAGGCCGAAAGUGAAGGAUAGCACUGGUGCAUUUCUCGUGAAAAUCAGCGAUAUCCCAGUCGGAUCGUGCGGUUCGGACUCGUAUUUCGGUUUGGGCAUGAUGAACGGUAGUCUCGAGGAAUGCGAAAGGUGGCAACUGACUGAUCCACGCGCGGCCAGGGAGUACGAGGAGUAUAAAUGCAAACAUCUUCGGGUACAUGCCCGAAUGGAAGGCAACAAAUGUGUAUGUGAAGCGAAAUGGAAAGGACCCAUUUGCAAUGAAUUCGAAGGAUGUCCAGAAGGUCAUGCACUUCUUGGCAAAGUGUGCACUGCGAAUGUUUGCCAACAUGGAGGGACUCUUGCUGUAGGAAAGAAAGAGAUCGAAUGUAUUUGCGAAAUCCCGUGGGAUGGCCGCUACUGUGACAGGUUGGCGUGCUGGCGAAAGACCAAAUUCGGACAGGACAAGCGAUUCCGUAAUCAAGUGGAUCAUUGCGUUUGCACUUCCUACUUCGAAGGUGACAAUUGCGAUAAAAUCAUCGCUUGCAUGAACGGAGGUGAACUACAAGAUCACAGAUGUAUCUGCAAAGAAGGUUACGGUGGAGAAGUUUGCGAGAAGAAAUGUCAAAAGGGGCAAGUCACAUGUUCAUCCUGCUCCAUCAUGCCCGUUAUCGCUCUACUAGUCAGCAUCGUAGCCGCAGUUGUAUCUUGGCAGUGA